AGUUUAUUGUUACAUGCAAUGAAUCGAGGGAAAGUAUUUAUUGCGAUGUUGAAUCCUGCUGGCUGAAUGUGGCUGUGGCUUAAAAGUGCUUUGAGUUGUUGGUAGAACCUGAAAUGUGCGGAUAUGUGACUGAUGUUCGAUGGCUUAUAAAGAUGCAGUUAAAUAUGAGGCAACGUUUUGAGUAGUGUGUGUAAUAAUAAAGUUCAUCUGUUACAAAUGAUGAUUUUCAUAUUAAGUAUCAUCACAAUGAGAGUGAAAGUCUUAAAGACUCUUAACCCAACAUACUGACCAACCUGUUGUGCUCAGGUUUUAAAAAAAAAAGUGAUCUGUUUUCUGAAUGCAUUUUGUCUUUUGAGAUGUAAAACGAAAAAAGUUUCACAUGGGAAACUUUUAAAAGCUCUGAAGGUUUUACCACAAUGAUGAUGCAAUAAAUGACCAAGUUACAUACUACUUAUUUCCUAACAUAAUGAGUAUGUGAGAAAGUAACACCUCUUUUAUCACGGAAGUACAGAUGACCUUCAAUAGCUGCCAGUGUCGGUUUAGUUCAUUAGAACAAGAAAGACGGAAGCAUCAAGGAGCAAUGGCUGAACUAAAAUGGAUUAAAGUUCAUUUAUUUCUGUUCCUGGGGCUUCAGUUUACUGUGUGCACAAUAACUGGAUCAUCUGUUUUCAUAAGAUCUGGGGAUGAUACGGUUUUGUCUUGCCAACAUGUGAUAAGUGGUCAGAUAAACUGUAAUGGUACCACAUGGGUCAAUAGUUACACCAGCGGCUCAGUAGAACUGGUUGAACUGGGACAGGUUAAAAAUGUUCAGAGUAAAUCUAACAGACUGAGUGUUGCAGCAAACUGUUCUCUGGUAAUGAGGAACAUCACAGUGAAGGAUGCUGGUUAUUAUGAUUGCCAACAAUAUAAAUCUGAAGCUGAACCCAGUAAACACAUUCUGGUUAAUCAGUCUGGAGUUUCUCUGUCUGUUGUUCACAUGAGUAAACAGAAGGUUACAGAUGUGGUGACAUUAACCUGCUCUGUGGAGACGCUUGAUCAGUGUGGAUACAGAGUGAAAUGGCUGACUGACUGUUGUACUGGGAAUAUCGCUUCGAUCAACUGUACAGCACAACACUCUGGCUGCUCUGCUGCAGUUUGUUUUAUAGAGCAUUCCUACACACAGAGGUGUGAGUUCCAGUGUGAAGUCACAGACGGUGAAACCAAACAGAUCUUCAACUUCAACCAUCAGUCCACAGAAGAUAAAUCAGGUGGAACCACAUGCAUCCCAACAAGUAAAGUUGAAGAUACAACAAAAUUAAUGACAACCACAAUACAUCCAACCAUUUCAACGUUUAAUAAAGACAAAGGAGCUCCUUACAUUGCUGUUGCUGUGGUUUUAGUCACAAUCUUGAUAGUUGCUGGGAUUGUCAUCAGAUGGAGAACUAAACAAAACCAAAGACAGGUGCACGACUGUCCUAAUCUGAAUCUAAAUUCUCCAGUGCCUCAUACCCUCCUGGAAAACAGCCAUGGCAACCAGGUUGAUCCUGAAGAUAGUGUCUGCUACGCCACCAUCAGUAAAGCCCAAGUGAGGUUCAAUGUUGUUGGUGAAAGAGACAACGUGAUCUACAGCACUGUGUCGGCUGCUGGCCCGUCUGCUGCAGCACCAUCUGACCCCAACAACCUGUACGCCACCAUCACCGCCCCAGGAACAUAGUUUUAUAAUGAGACUUUAAUAAUACUUUUCUGUUAAAUUAGUAACAUGUAAAUUCCAGAUGUUGGUGGUUCUGAGUGACUCUUAUAUCUCUCUUUGUUUUAAAAUGCAUUGGAUAAUUUUGUCUGACAUUUGCUUUUAUCAGUUUCCUGUAUUUUUAUCAGCUGCAUCAAUAAAAUAGUUUGUUGUCGUUA